AGACGCUACGUGCCGAAAGAUAAUGGAUGAAGAACACAAAAGUAAUCCAUUCCAUUCAGCUAGUGUUUUUUCUCGCUUAUUUUUCUGUUGGCUUUUCCCGUUAUUAAUCAAAGGAAAAAAGAAAUUUUUAAAACAAGAAGAUUUGUACAAAACUUCUAAAUAUCAUUCCUCCGAAUAUCUGGGAAAUCUGCUAGAAAAAGAAUGGAAUAAGGAAUUACAAAAGAAAAACCCAAGCACAUUAAAAGGAAUACUGCGAUUCAUUGGGUGGAAAUACUUAAUAGUAAUUUUAUUUGCAUUUAUUCAGGACACUGUCAUAGUUACAAGCAAAGCGUAUAUUUUAGGAUUAAUAAUAUAUUAUUAUGACAACAAAUCGGAAUGGAAUGAAUCAAAUGUUUACUUAUUAGUCGCAGGAUAUUGUGGCCUAACAGCAAUUUAUUCGUUGACAUUUAAUAUUAAUUACUUUAUAACAGAUGUAUUAGGCAUGAAGUUAAAGGUAGCUUUGUGCACUGUCAUAUACAAAAAGGCAAUUAAUUUAAAUUCUUCAUCUCUGGCAAAAUCGAAUAUAGGACAAAUGGUAAACCUUCUAGCAAAUGAUGUCAACAAUUUUUGUAACAAUAUCUACACUUUUUCAUUUUUUUUCACAAAUCCUUUUCUACUGAUUACUGCUGUAUUGUUGCUAUGGCAAUAUUGCAGAUGGGCCUUUUUAGUUGGACUUUCGGUCAUAUUUUUGUACUUUCCGUUACAAAUUGUGUUGGGCAAACUAUACUCAAAAUUGAGAUUUCAGGCAGCUGUAUUGGGAGACGAAAGGUUGAAUCUGUUGAACGAGAUAAUUGCUGGCAUGAGAUUAGUUAAAAUGUAUACUUGGGAGUUGCCAUUCGCUUCGUUAAUAGAAAAAAUCAGAAAGAAAGAAAUGAAGAAAGUGAAAAUGUUUAUAUAUGUUCGAGGAAUACCAAUAACAUUGGGAUAUCCUGUGUCAAGACUAUUUACUUGUCUUACUUUCCUUGCCAUAGUUUUGUCUGGAAGCACGUUAAAUGCUCAAAUUGUGUUUGUCACAAUGUACGUUUCGAUUUUCAUCUAUUUUGGCACCGUUGUUUUGUUUUCGAAAGCAGUCAAUCUCAUUGCAGAAAUGCGGGUUUCAUUGAAAAGAAUUCAGAUAUAG